GCGCACAAGAGCAGGCUCACACACCCACCUGACCAGCCCACAGACCACACCUCUCGCUCGGCCGCCCUCCUGGACAUCAUACUAGUCGCUCGCUGACAGUCUGCUUGCGGGCCUCGAUCGACGCUCGUGUCAGACCUGCUGUGGGUGUGUGUAUGCAGCAUAAUGGAGCAGGCGAAACCCCGAACGGAGAGUCGCCUCCGCUUUCCUUUAGCGCAGCAGCUCCACUCCAAAUGGCAGCAUCACGAGUGAGGAGGACGGUCCCUCCUCAACCGAGAGUGAUGGUGGUGUUUUCGGCUGCGAGUGACACUGAAAAUCAGGGAGAUGCGAUGUCGGGCGCGGACACCGGGGAAGAGGAGUAUCGCAAACCACUCAAACCUGUCCCUAAUCUUAAUCUAGGGAGGUCCCUUCGCACCUUAGACGUACCCGAGGAGUUUCCAGAGGUCAUCCCCCUGAAUGUAGGAGGUACAUAUUUCACCACUCGGCUGUCCACCCUGCGACGCUAUGAGGACACAAUGCUGGCCGCAAUGUUUAGUGGCCGUCACCACAUUCCCAGGGAUGCAGAGGGACGAUAUUUCAUUGACCGAGACGGAGCAUAUUUUGGGGACAUUCUGAAUUUCUUGAGAGAGGGAGAGCUGCCUCAGAGGGACCGUGUUCGUGCGGUGCACAGGGAAGCUCAGUUUUAUGCUAUUGGGCCUCUUUUGGAAAGCUUGGAAGACACUCAGCCACUUACCGGAGAGAAAGUGCGACAGGCUUUUCUCGAUCUUUUGCCCUAUUAUAAAGAAAAUCUUGAGCGCAUUGUGGAGAUUGCAAAACUUCGUGCCAUGCAGCGGAAGGCUCGUUUUGCAAAACUUAAGAUCUGUGUGUACAAGGAGGAGAUGCCCAUCACCCCCUAUGAAAGACCGCUGUUCAAUUCGCUGCGAUUUGAGCGCUCGGAGAGUGAGGCCAAGCUGUUUGAGCACCAUUGUGAGGUUGAUGUGUCCUUCGGACCAUGGGAGGCAGUGGCGGAUGUUUAUGACCUUCUUCACUGCAUAGUAAGCGACCUGGCAGAGCGUGGCAUCUCUGCUGACCAGCAAUGCAUCGGCGUGUGUGACAAACACCUCAUCAACCACUACUACUGCAAAAGGCCAAUCUAUGAGUUUAAAAUCACCUGGUGGUGAAGGUGAGGGGUUUCAGCUGGUGUUUCUCUUGCCAAGAACUAAUACAUGCAAGUCUGAGCAAAUGCUUUUUGCUGCUGUCUACAGUUACAUGAAACCAGCAGGAUCAUAGAGUCUUACUCAACGUGAGCGGAAAUAAUGUCACCUUU